GUCGUCAUUGGAGGACCGGUGGCAGGGGGCGGAGAGCUCCGGUGUCCGACUUUAGGCGGGAAUUGAAACCGCCACUGUUACCAACGAGAACUCAAGACUCGCAAAGCUCAAGCCUUGAAGGGGACCAUGGUGCGUCCUGUGAGGCAUAAGAAGCCAGUCAAUUACUCACAGUUUGAGAACUCUGACAGCGAUGAUGACUUUGUUUCUGCAACUGCACCUUCAACUAAGAAAUCCAAAACAACACCGAAGGAGGUAAAACUAGAAAACCCAAAAGCAAAACUGAAGAAUCUCCAGAAUGAAGAGAUCCCACUACAAGAGAAAACCCCUAAAAAAAGGAUGGCUUUAGAUGACAAACUCUACCGGAGAGACUUAGAAGUUGCACUAGCUUUAUCAGUGAAGGAACUUCCAACAGUCACCACUGAUGUGGAGGAGUCUCAAGAUAAAAGCAUUGAAAAAUGUUGCAAUAGUGAAACAGAAACCAUGAAUAAAUCUCCCCAUAUCUCCAAUUGCAGUGUAGCCAGUGAUUAUUUAGAUCUGGAUAAGAUUACUGAGGAAGAUGAUUUGCCUGUUGCUCAGGGAAAAAGAAAAGCAGCAUCUAAAGCUGCGGUUCAGCAGAGGAAGAUUCUUUUGGAAGACAGCGAUGGUAAGAGCGAUGACUCAGAGCCAGGCUUUGCAACUGGUGAAGAUUCUGAGGAUGAUUCUGAUUUUAGUGAGAGUGAAGAUGAUGAAGAAUUCACUAUGAGAAAAAGUAAAGUUAAAGAAACUAAAAAAAAAGAAGUGAAAGUAAAACCCCCAGUUGAAAAGAAAGAGAAGAAACCUCAAUGCAAGCAGAAUGCUUUGGUGACUUCAGUAGACUCUACUCUCACUGCCAUCAAAUCAGAAUCUCAGCCUUUACCGAAAAAGAUUUCUCUUUCUUCAGAGAUCACCAGGAAACCAUUACAAAUCCAUAGUCCUUCAGCUCAAAGCAAGAGGCCUAAGUGGGUCCCACCAGUGGCAUCUGGAGGCAGCAGCCCGCUGGUAGGGGCUGUGAAAUCUCCGACUCAGAGUCUUCGCCUUGGCUUGUCCAGAUUAGCACGAGUUAAACCUUUGCAUCCGAAUACCACUAGUAGCUGAGUGUAAAGAAAUGUUGGAUUAAGAGAGUUUUACAUGUGUGUUUGUUUGAUUUGUGUUUAUAUUUGAGGAGGGUAUUGUAAUAUGAAGGAUUCCUUUAAUGACAUAUAAAUUCUCUACUGAUUUUGUGCUUAUGGUCUUACUGGAAAGCUAUUCAGGAGGUCUGUUUAUAAGAAUUACCUUAUAAUGUUAUUUUCUUGUAAAGAGCAUAUUCUAUUUUCCUUAUUUUUAGUUAGUCUUCAUCAUUAUGUGGUUAUCUGCCUGACAUGGAGGAAGCCCACAUUAUAUCUUGUUCUUUUCUACCAAUAUGAUGUUCCUUUGUAACUUUGUUUAGUUUAUAGCACCUUAACUUUAACUGUUCAGAGUUUGGCAAAAGCAAGCAUUCCCACUUUUUCCAAGAGACAUUUCUGAAAUCAUAUGAGUUACAUAAGCUACACUGUCAAUUUUAUUACAAAGAUGGUUAAUAUUUUAGCUAAAUAUUUUUAUAGUGAGAUUUCAGAAUUAUUUAACACAUUAAAAUGAUUGCUAUAAUAUAGCAUAUGUCUGUCUCCUACUUAGAAGUAGAUGGCUAUUAUAUAGCAAAUAGAAUUUCAGAACAUUUUAUGAAGCACUCUUAGUCAAAACCUUUAACAGAAGUGAAAAGGCUUUGGUAUUUUCUUUCCUUGAUACUAUUGCAUCCAUCUGUCUCCGGUUGUGUACAUUUCAUGAACAAACGAAUGCUUUGCAAAAAAAUGUUAGCCUUUUUGCAGAAGAAUCAAGCAGGGGGGCUUUUCCUUAGUCAUAGCUUUAUGUUAAGCCAGUGCUUUAGAGGGUGGCUGUCAAAUACUUAGUCGUCCCUGUUAUCAUAUUAGAUAAUAUAGCUAUUCAGGAAGCUUAGGUCUGAAUUUGUUGUGAAUAAAAAUAGUAAGAGGUAUUUUAUAUUUAUGGUGAGAAUUUCAACCAGCUCCUGAGCACUUUUUAAUAAAAACUCUUCAAAUUAUGUUAAACAUUAAAAAAUAUGUAAUACUUGGCUCAGUUCUUGGUGUAUGCAGACAUCUAUCUUUAAUGUGAAAGGAGGUGAUUAGGAAUUAUGAUUAAAG